GUUCGCCCCGGGGACAGACCCCAGAGUGUCCCGGGUCCGCUGACCCCGCCCACCGCAGACCCCGCCCUUCGGUUCCUUCCCUUCCCCAGUCCUGUCAGAGCCGAUACUCCUAAGGGCGUUCCCUGGUGGCUCUCUACCUCGGGGAGGGCUUGGGUCAGUCUGCAAACACUUCCAAUUUCCCAUCCUCCCGCUCAGGGUCAGUGUUCAAGGCCCAGGGCUGGGUUCUGGUUUUUUCCUUCCCGGUGUCCCUUCUGUGUGUCUCUGCCUCCUGGCGUCACUUUCUCUGUCUUUCUUUCUUGGCUGUCUCUGUUUCAUUCAUUCACUCGUUCGUUCAUUCCUCCAAGAAACUGUCACUCAGCACUUCCAAGGGGGCAUUAUUUUCAAGAGCACAGGCCCUGCCAGGGUUCAGAUUUCAGCUGGGACACGUGCUUUGUGGCUUCGGGCAAAUCAUUUCACUUCUCUGGGCCUCAUCUAUCAUCUGGGCAUAAAAACAGGCUCUAUUUCCUGCGGAUAUUGUGAGAAUUAAACAAGUUACUGCUUGUGUUAUUUCUGAAACAGUGCCCAGCGCAUAGGAAGCACUGGAAAAUAUGUCCAUAGGAACCACCGGAAGGUAGCAAUUACUAACUAGCAUGUGUAGGGCCUGUGCUUGUGCUGGGUGGCUGGGGGGUGGGGAGUGGCCACCCUUAGGAGCUCCUGGCCUUCAGUGAUGGUCUCUCCAGUGGGUUCUGGCUUUCUAGUGUCCUCAAGGCAAUCUUUGGGGUAUGGGAAAUGUCAACGUUCCUAAUUUAGUGUGUGUUUUAUUAUGACUAUAUUAGUGCAGGAUGGCUUGAAUUAGGUAUAAAUAAACAUAUAUAUUAUUUGGGGGUGAGUGCUCAAAAACUUUCACUGAUGGAAAGGACAGUCAAGGAAGUUUAGGAACCUCUGUUGUGGUGGGAGGAAGAUCAUUCUAAGGCAAGGAGAUGGGAGCUGCAAAGGACAAGCCACUGGGCCCAGUGGGAGCCAAGACGAGGCAUCUGGUUAAGUCCGGGGAGGGGACACAGGGUGUCACCAAUGGCUUCUGGAGGAGGAGGGGCUAAUGAGGAGACACUAGAAGGUGGUAAAGUUGGAGUUCGACACUUGAAGGUGGGUUGGGUUCCAGGAGUGGGAACAACAAGUAUAAAUUGCCCCCUAUUGACGAUGUGGCUUGCAAAUGGGGCAGAGUUCAAGGUGCAGGGAGCAUCUGAAAGAGGAUAUCAAGCAGGAGGCCAAGGCCAGAAGUCACACAGCCUCAAAUGUCACCCCGAGGGGUUGGGACCGUGUCUUGGUGUUCCGGGGGGCCAUGGGAGGGGCAGGGUCAGCUCUGGGUGUGGAAAGAUGCUCUGAGGGCCACGUGAGGAUAAAUAGGAAUUCCGGAAGCUGGGGACGAGGCUGGGCAAGGGGCAGGUGGGAGGAGAACAGGGCUGAGGGGACACAGAGAGGUGGGGACGGGGCAAAGAUUCAGGGGCAGGAGCUUGGGGACCGAUAGAUGUGCAGAGAGAGAGGGGAGAGGGGAGGAUGGGCCCAGACGUCUGGUCUGGGGCCUGGGAAACAGUGAGCUCGUCCCCGAGAUGGGAACGCAGGUGCAUGAGUAGGUUUGGGAAAUGUCGCCCAGCUCAGAGUGGGAUUUUGUGUGUGGGAGGGGCCUGGGGGAGCCAGGGGCGUUGCAGACCUGGCUCAGGGACUCAGGAAGGGUCUGUGACUUCCAUCCAAGACUUGAGAAGUCCUAGGUGUAGGUGGUCAUGGAAACUGGAAGUAGGAUGGGGGGAAGAAAGUGUAAAAUCAGAGGAGGUGGCAAACUGGCAAUUCUAUGGCCGAUGUGUUUUCUUUUUUUUUCUUCCGCGGAAGAGGAUUGCUAAAAACUUGUCUCUGAAUGCUUCACGACAGACAUGCUGCCUCAAGUCAGCACAGCCUCCGGCACAUCCACUUAUAAUUUUCCACCUGAUGCUUCUUUCUCUUACGUUACCUGCCUGGCCCUUGGGGGCAUUGAGUUUGAGACCCAUGUAGGGAAGGCAUGUGGUCCUAGCUCUGGAGAACACCUACACUCAAGGGAGGCACAGAGGAGGAGAAAGCCACAGGUGAGGCAGAGACAGAGCAGCCAGGGGAACGGGUGUGCUCUGCCAAGGAAAAGGUUUUCUAGAAUCAGCCUUUUAGCUAUGACCAGUGCUACUUUGUCUGAGUCAGGUGAGACCUGAAUAGAAGUCAUUGUAUUCGGGGACUUGCAGGUAAUUGCUGAUUUCAUCGGGAACAAUUUCGGUUUCAGUGGCCACACAGAGAAAGGGGGGUAGGAGAUGAGACGGACAGAGGGGGAGUCUGCCAGUGCUGUCUACCAGAAUUUUCUGCAAUGGUGAGAAUGUUCUAUAUCCACAUCCAAUAUGGCAGCCACUGGCCACAUGUGGCUCCUGGUCACUUGAAACGUGGCCAGAGCAACUGAGGAACUGAAUUUUUAAUUGUAUUUAAUUUUAAUUUAUUUGAAUAUAAGGAGCACGGUGUGGCUAGAGGCUACUGUACUGGACAGUUCAGGUUCUGGAACAUUCCAUGAAGAAAUUUUGCCAGGAAGGACUCGUGGGAAGUAGAUGGACAGGAAUGAGGGGGGUCCAGGGACAGGGUUGAGAUGGGUGAAAGGAUCCAGUGGGUAAACUGAGGCAUGCCAGGACCCUGGAGGUAGACUCAGGAAGAGGGAGGGGUGUAUUCUAUAGUUCUCACUGUGCCAGGAGCUGGUGUAUUCUGUUUGGAUUUGUUGGCCAUUCUUUUAGUGACUUUACAACUCUUGUCAAAUCCGUGGACCACCUGUGCUAUUCUUUCCAUAAAAUUAGUCCUUAAAUCAUGGCUCACUCUGUUUACAUAAAUGUAGGUCUCCCCGGAUAUUUGAAUCCCUUCUGGAAUCAGGGACCAAAGAGAUUUAGAUACAUUUUCAAACAAAUCCCUCAUCUCCCAAUCCCGUGUUGCUUGCUGUUUUUAAACUCAGGUGCCAAUCCCAUUAGGUAACAAGGGCUACUUGCUUAUUUAUUUAGGGGGAAAAAAGUUUUGUAUGUGAUCACCACAAAUGCAAAACCUGUUCCAUUUGCCACAAAGAGAAAGAAACAAGCCAUAAAAGACAGUCACAAUGAAAACCAAAUAAAAAGUAUUUACCGUCUAAAUGGAUGCUGUUGCCAGCCCAGUUUUCUGAGCCUGAGGCCCGCUUUUCUCUGUUAAAAAGAAAAAGUAAAGAGUUGGGCAUUAAAAAUAUUCUAGCACCCAGCUGAUCCUCUCUCCUUGACAGUAAUCAGGAGAGCUCAAAAAGGAAUGAUUUUCUCACUGUGUUGUUCAAGGUUAUUUAAAGCUCUGUGUGGAGUUCACGGAGACUGGAUCUGGUAUGCGGCCCCCAUUUUAGGAAAUGUUGUGUUAUUUCAUUGGCUCUCAUAGUUCUAUGACGUAGGCUGUGCUAUCAUUGUCUUUCCAUCUGAGGUGGAAAUUUAGGCUCAGAGAGAUGAAGCUACUUGCUCAAAGUCACACAGCUGCCUCGGCCUCUAGUGCAUGCGUGCUCUGUGAAUCACCCUCUUGAUUUUCCUUUUCAUGUGACUAUCAUCUGUUUGAACUGGGGGCAGCAAGGACAUCCCCGAUGGCCUCCUGCACUUUUCCACUUCAGGCCCUGAAGGCAACAGGGGACCUUGUGCCAGUGUGGGCAACCCCGGUGUGCCCACCCAUCAGUGGCUGUGGAGGAUGCAUUUGGGGCAGCCAUGGUGACCGUGUGGGACAGUGACUUGCACACCACGGAGAAGCCCACAGAUGCCUUCGGAGACCUGGACUUCCUGGGUGUCGGCCACAAGGCCAGCAAUUUCCUCCGGCUCUCUGACCGCACGGAUCCAGCUACAGUUUAUAAUCUGGUCACAAACAUAUGGGGCUUCCAGGCCCCGAACCUGGUGGUGUCAGUGCUGGGGGGGUCGGGGGGCCCCACCCUCCAGACUUGGCUGCAGGACCUGCUGCGACGCGGGCUGGUGCGGGCUGCCCAGAGCACAGGGGCCUGGAUUGUCACCGGAGGGCUGCACAAGGGCAUUGGACGGCAUGUGGGUGUGGCUGUGCGGGACCACCAGACGGCCAGGACUGGGGGCAACAAGGUGGUGGCCAUGGGCGUGGCCCCCUGGGGUGUGGUUCGGAAUAGAGACACCCUCAUGAACCCCAAGGGCUCAUUUCCUGCGAGGUACCGGUGGUGCGGUGACCCCGAGGAUGGGGUCCAGUUCCCUCUCGACUACAACUAUUCGGCCUUCCUCCUGGUGGACGACGGCACCCACGGCCGCCUGGGUGGCGAGAACCGCUUCCGCUUGGGCUUCGAGUCCUACCUUGCCCAACAGAAGACGGGCGUGGGAGGGACUGGAAUUGACAUCCCUGUCCUCCUUCUCUUGAUUGAUGGUGAUGAAAAGAUGUUGAAGCGGAUAGAGAACGCCACCCAGGCUCAGCUCCCCUGCCUCCUGGUGGCCGGGUCUGGGGGAGCUGCAGACUGCCUGGCAGAGAUCCACACUCUGGCUCCAGGGAGUGGAGGAGGCAGGCGAUGUGAAGCCCAAGAUCUGAUUAAGCGUUUCUUCCCCAAAGGGGACCCUGAGGUCCUACAGGCCCAGGUGGAGAGGAUCAUGACUCGGAAGGAGCUGCUGACAGUCUAUUCAACUGAUGAUGGCCCUGAGGAAUUUGAGACCAUCGUUUUGAAGGCCCUUGUCAAGGCCUGUGGGAGCUCUGAAGCCUCAGCUUACCUGGAUGAGUUGCGUUUGGCUGUAGCUUGGAACCGUGUGGACAUUGCCCAGAGUGAACUCUUCCGGGGGGAUAUCCAGUGGCGGGUGAGGGGUUGGGGCCUGGCGAUUGGGGACCCUGACAAAAGGCAUGCAUUUCCCCCACUCCCUGACUCCUUUGACGUCUGGCUCUAUCUUCCUUUAUGGCCUGUCCAGCCUCCUCUUAAUUGUCCAUCCGUCUCUGGUUGUCCAUCUGUCCCCAUCUUGUUCCCUGUCUCCCCAUCCAUCCAUCCACCUACUUGCCCACCCAUCCAUCCUCUCCUCCAGCCCUCCACCAUCCAUCAGUCUGACCGUCCAUCCAUCCAUCUGUCACUCAUAGCUCUGUACCCCCAUCUCUUGUCCUUAAUCUCUGACCUCAGCUGGCCUUCUGCCCGUCUCUGUGCUCAACUCUUCCCCCAUUCAUUCCACCCCCACCAGUCUUUCCACCUGGAAGCCUCCCUCAUGGACGCCCUUCUGAACGACCGGCCAGAGUUCGUGCGCUUGCUCAUCUCCCAUGGCCUUAGCCUGGGCCACUUCCUGACCCCUACGCGCCUGGCCCAGCUCUACAACGCAGCGCCCCCCAACUCACUUAUCCACAGCCUUUUGGACCAGGUGUCCCACGGCACAGGCAACAAAGGCCCAGUCUCUGAACCCUCUGCGGAGCCACAGCCCCCUAAGGUGGGGCAGGUGCUGCGGAUGCUGCUGGGGAAGUCGUGCGCGCCGACGUUCCCCGCCAGGGGCACCCACCAGGGCGAUGGCAGCAUGGAGAAUUCGUAUCUGCCGUGGGACAAGGCUACCUCAGAAUUUCUCCUGGAAGCCGUCCCCGGGCAGGCACCCUGGAGUGACCUGCUCCUCUGGGCACUGCUGCUCAACAGGGCUCAGAUGGCCGUGUACUUCUGGGAGAUGGGUUCCAAUUCCGUGGCCUCAGCUCUUGGGGCCUGUUUGUUGCUGCGAGUGCUGGGGCGCCUGGAGACUGAGGCCGAGGAGGCAGCACGGAGGAAGGACCUGGCAGCCAAGUUUGAGGGGCUGGGUGUUGACCUCUUUGGAGAAUGCUACCGCAGCAGCGAGGAACGAGCUGCUCACCUGCUCCUUUGGCGCUGCCCACUCUGGGGGGAUGUCACCUGCCUCCACCUUGCCAUGCAGGCUGAUGCCCGUGCCUUCUUUGCCCAGGAUGGGGUACAGUCUCUGCUGACACAGAAGUGGUGGGGGGAGAUGGACAGCACCACACCCAUCUGGGCCCUGGUUCUCGCCUUCUUUUGCCCCCCACUCAUCUACACCAACCUCAUCACCUUCAGGAAGCCAGAUGAGGAGCCCAUGCAGAAGGACCUGAAAUUUGACAUGGACAGCGGCAUCAAUGGGAAAGGGCCUGGCGAGUGAGUGAAGCACAAGCACUGUGUGGGGGUAGGGGGCACCCUAGGCAGCUCCAGGAGCACCGGGUAAUGGGAGCAAGACCAGAGAGGAGAAGUGGGGCUUCAGGAGAUGGUGGUUUCAUGAAGCCACUGAAAAUACUGCGGAAGUUUCCCAAAUGCCAGGCUCAAGGCUUGGUUCAACUUUGGUUCUGCCACCAAGGAGUUCCUCACUGAAAAUCAAUUUGCUUCAUGAUACAUGUAUUUCUGUCUUGAUAAAGCAAGUGAAAUUGGGUGGAUUUGGUUCAUUUAGGGAUCUUUUGCCAAUUUUUUUUUCUGACUCCAGGGCCUUUGCUCUUAAUCUCUGUGCUGUGGUACCCAUGAAGGUGUUUUCAAAAUCAGUCCUAAGCAAAUGAAAUUGAAUGUUUAUCAAUCUUCUGUUAAUUCUGCAGAGCAGAGGUGCUGGGGGACUUGGCUCUGGGUCAAGCAGAGCGGGGUUCAAGUCCCGACUUUGCCUUUGUAAGUGGCUUCACCCCUGAGCCUCAGCUUUCUUUGCUGUAAAGAGAAGGUUGUACGUGUGUUAGUCAGGUUAGGUUGAGUAAUGCUGCAAUGACAAAGCAUUCCAAACUCUCAGUGGGCUGGCAACAGUGAGGAUUUAAUGUCAUUCACGCUCCAUCUUUGGGUUGUCUGUGGCUCUGCUCCACGUGGUCUCCACUUUGGGAUAAGCAAACACCUCCUAGCUGAGAUGUUGCUGGUCUCAUGGUAGAGGGAAAAGAGACACGGCAAACCAGGUUCUGGACCUUAAAGCCUCCACUUGGAAGUGACACGUGUCACGUUUGCCCACUUUUCAUUGCCGAAAACUAGUCAUAUGAUAAUUCCUUAGCUCUUAAUUCUUCCACUGGGAGGGAACCAAAAUAUUUGGUCCACAGUAAUACAAUAUACCACAAUGCCUGAUGGAACAGUUGGGAGGAUUCAUGGAGAUAAUGUGUAUUAAAUGUGCAUAUUGUAGUACCUGGCACAAAGUAAGUGCUCAGUUAAUGGGAGACUAGCAUUACUACUGCUAUUAUUGAUACACUUAUUUGUUUUGUUGAAUAGUGUGUGUGUGUGUGUGUGUGUGUGUGUGUAGGUAUAAGGGUCUAAAUCUAUGGUAAUAGAGAAACAGAGGAAGAGGCCCCAUCUUUGCACCCUCCAUCUCUACUUUAAUCAUCUGAAUGGGAACAGGGAGGAACCUCAGCCCCAAUAUUCCAGAAGAAAAAGUGUUUCUGGUAACUGUUAGAAACAUAAUCAGACUGCCAGAAGUCUGUAAAACCUACCACCUGCUGUGAAACAAGUCAAAUUUAAAUGUAUUAUGUAUAUACAUAUUUUUUCUGAGACAAUGCACAAAGAAUACAAAAUAUUUGUCAAGGUAGAAGAGAAUACUAAGAAAAAAAUUUGGACCACUGAAAAAAAUUAGACAGAGGGUCCCAAUGUCAGGAUCCCUAGUGGCAUCCUUGUCUGGUGAGUUCCCAACAUUUGUACCAUAUGAUGAUGACAAUAGCUGAGGUUAUAGAACACUUACAGUGGGUAGCCAGUGCGCUAAAUUGUUUUGAAAAUCAGUUCAUUUAAUUCUCUCAACAACCCUAUGCCAUAGGGUCCAUUAUUAUUCCCAUUUUACAGAUGACAUAACUGAGGCAUUAAGUCACCCACCUCAGAUCAUGUGCUUAGUCAGUGGUGGAGCUGGGAUUUGAACCCAGAUCAUCUUGUUCCUGAAUCUGUGCUUUUAGUCACUGUAGAAAGCCACCUUCCUGGAGGGCUUUGUAAAAGGACAGAUUCCUGGAUGCUUCUCCUCCAAGGAAGCAUCCAGGAAUCUGUGUGUCUCCUGCCUGGAGGUGAUUCAAGAUGGCAGACUUUGGGGAGCAUUCUGACCCACCACAUAUUUUUGUUACCAGGUCUGUUUUCUCUUAUUAUUGGGGAGCUAGUUCUCCUCUCUGCAUCUCACUUUCUUUAGCUUUUACUGUUCUUUCUGCUUAUUUUCUUUAGAACAGCCUGAAAACAAAACAAAAAAACAGCCCUAUUGAGAUAUAGUUCACAUACCAUUCAGUUCACCCAUUUAAGGUGUACAAUUUUCAGUCGUUUUCAGUAUAUUCACAGAGUUGUGAAAUUAUCACAAAAUUAAUUUGAAAACAUUUUCAUCACUGCAGCAAGAAAUCUUGUACCCAUUAACAGUCUCACUCCCCACUCCUCCCUUCUCCCAGUCCCAGGCAACCGCUAAUUUACUUUCUGUCCCUACGGAUUUGCCUGUUCUGGACAUUCCAUAUAAAUGGAGUCAUACACCAGUUGGUCUUUUAUGACCGGCCUCGUUAACUUAACAUCAUGUUUUCAAGAUUGAUCCACUUUGUAGCAUGUGUCAGUGCUUCAUUCCUUUUUAUUGUUGAAUAAUAUUCCAUUGUUUGAAUCUACCACAUUUUAUUUAUCUAUUCAUCAGCUGAUGGACAUUUGGGUUGUUUCCACUUUGGGGUUUUCUUUCCACUUGGUUUAUAAAAAGAGGAUGCCUUUCCAAGCCAGUUUAUUUUUCCUGUUAGCUUUCUGAAUUUAUUAUUAUUUGUAUUAUUCAUUUUCCUCUUUCUGAUUUGAGGUCAGAAUUAAGAGUUAGGAUGAAACUGGGACAGAGGAUCAGAACUCAGGUGAGAAGGGUCAGAGAUAUGAGUGGACCUAGAAGCUUAGAAUUCAGAUAUGGCUGUACAGUCAGAGAUCAGACAUAGGGAAGGAAGAGUUAUCUGAGAAAACUGUGCUGGAUAAUCUGAUAUCAGAAUUUAUGGGUUAGAAGUUAACAUUCAGGGAUGGAGUUGUCAAACCUGGGGAACCAAGGCCAUGAAAGUGAGGAGGUCAGAGGUCAUAUUUGAGGGCCAGAGGUCAGAUAGAUGGUCCAAGGUCAGACAGAGAGUCAGAGGUUGUGAGGGUGAAAGAAGAGGGACUUGGAGACAAAAGCCAGACAAGAGUCAGAGUUCAGCCCAGAGGCCAGAGGUCAGAAAGGUCGAAUAAGUCAGAGGUGCAAGCUCAGCAAGCAGUCUUGAUGGUAGGAGAUUUCAGAGGUCAGAAAUUAGAUACAGGGGUCAAAAGUCAAGGUGAUGGCGGACAUCAGACUUAGUUUCAGGUCAGGCAGGGUCAGAAGUCGUGAAGGUGGGGA